CAAAAGCGUUUAGCUUAACAUCAGACGGGGAAUAAGUUGCGCUCAUCAUGUCAAAGAAUACAGUGUCCGAUCGUUUCCGGAAAGUGGAUGUGGAUGAAUACGACGAGAACAAGUUUGUAGACGAGGAAGAGGGGGGAGAAAACCAGCUGGGUCCAGAUGAGGCAGAGGUGGAUUCUCUCAUCAGACAAGGGAACCUCAUGGGUGCCCUGCAGGCAGUGUUAAAAAAUCCACCAAUCAACACAAAGAAUCAGAACGUCAAGGAUCGUGCUGAAGGUCUGGUGCUGAAGGUGCUCAGCUCCUUCAAGAGUACUGACAUAGAGAAGGGAGUUCAGUCUCUGGAUAAGAAUGGAGUGGACCUGCUCAUGAAAUACAUCUACAAGGGCUUUGAGCGGCCGUCCGAGAACAGCAGCGCUGUCCUGCUGCAGUGGCAUGAAAAGGCUCUCUCUGCAGGUGGAGUGGGCUCUAUCGUGAGGGUCCUAACAGCCAGGAAAACUGUGUAAACUGCAAGACGAUUAGCACAGCGCACAGAAAACAACAACAACCUGCCGAGACACUCAGAACAAAGCGAUGACUUUCCACAGGGUACCGAAGAGGACCUCUCAUCAAAUUUCAAUGCGUUUUCACCCUCUUCUGUUAUAUCACUCUUCACUCACAUAG